AAAUUAACGGAAGAGGAAAAAAAACUCUUCCGGAUGUAUGGAAAGUUGCCAACUGGAAAGGACCUUUUAUCCCAUAAGUUAAAGGAGCGAAAGUACUUUGACUCCGGAGAUUAUGCUCUUUCCAAAGCUGGAAAGACUUCGGGUCCUGUUGGUGUUCAACACCCUUCUCCUGAAACGAUUCCUCACGCCAAUGCCAUCGCAGCUACCACUCAUAAUUCUUCUCCUGUAAAAGAAAGUUCUCUUGUACACGAGACUGAAAUCGAAGAAAAAUCCGGUGAGCAAGAUGCUCAAGUUGCGGAUGCAGUUACUCAAGUCGCUUCAACCUCCACAUUAAAUCCAACAUCUGUUCCUGCGAUUCCGGCACCAACACCAAUUCCUAUUUUAACCGAACGAACAUCAAAUACAUCAAAUUUUAGUUCAGCAGAAAAGUCAAGCAAUAAAUCAUGA